UACAAUUGUGCAUAGUUGCAUUGCUACUUUGCAGAGGCAUGUCAAACAUUGUAAGCAAAAUAACCAAUCUCCAUGGUCUGAGGCAACUCCAUGCAUAGUUGGUACACCACUCCCUGCACCACCAAAACCACUGGGUGGUGCUCCUCCUUACCCAAUGUACUCGCUUCCUUGCACCCUCAAGCUACACCUGCCACAUUUUUCAUGCUGCAACACAUCCUGAUGUACGUGUCUUCACCUUUAUGCUCAAAUACUAUUCCCAAAUUGGUGUUCACUCACAAGUAUUUGUUUCUCUCUUUAAGCAUAUGCUGCAACACUGUGACAUAAAGCCCAAUGCAUCUUUCUAUUCAGUUAUGAUGAAAUCUGCUGGAAGUGAAAGCAUGUUGUUUCUUGCUCAUGUAUUGAAAUCAGGAUAUGAUCGUGAUCAUUAUGUUCGGAAUGGAAUCUUGGGCAUAUAUGCCAAGUACGGACCUAUUGAGUUUGCUAGGAAACUAUUUGAUGAAAUGCCUGAUAGAACUGUUGCAGAUUGGAAUGUGAUGAUAUCUGGAUACUGGAAAUGCGGGAAUGAAGAGGAAGCAAGUACGCUUUUCCAUGUGAUGGGUGACCAGGAAAUAAGUAGGAAUGUUAUUACUUGGACCACCAUGAUUACUGGACAUGCAAAGAAGGGGAAUUUGAAGACUGCAAGGAUGUAUUUUGACAAAAUGCCAGAAAGAAGUGUGGUAUCUUGGAAUGCAAUGCUAUCAGGGUAUGCUCAAGGGGGAGCACCAGAAGAAACUAUAAGAUUGUUCAAUGACAUGCUUAGCCCUGGAAAUGUCCAACCAGACGAAACAACAUGGGCAACUGUCAUAUCUUCUUGUUCAUCUCUUGGUGACCCUUGUCUUUCAGAGUCGAUUGUCAGAAAGCUAGACGACAAAGUGGGUUUCCGCCCAAAUUAUUUUGUCAAGACAGCUCUGCUUGAUAUGCAUGCGAAAUGUGGGAACCUUGAGGCAGCACACAAGAUUUUUGAGCAAUUGGGUGUGUAUAAGUAUAGGAGUUCUGUUCCAUGGAAUGCCAUGAUUUCUGCAUAUGCAAGAGUAGGGGAUUUACCUUCGGCAAAACACCUCUUUGAUAAGAUGCCACAGCGAGAUACUGUCUCAUGGAAUUCAAUGAUUGCAGGUUAUACUCAAAAUGGUGAGUCAUUCAAGGCGAUCAAGCUAUUCGAGGAAAUGAUCUCUAGUGAAGAUUCGAGAAAACCAGAUGAGGUGACUAUGGUGAGUGUUUUUUCGGCUUGUGGACACCUUGGAGAACUAGGUUUGGGUAAUUGGGCUGUGAGCAUCCUCAAAGUAAAUCACAUCCAGAUUAGCAUUUCAGUAUACAACUCUUUGAUUAACAUGUACUCACGAUGUGGGAGCAUGCAAGAUGCUGUAUUAAUAUUUCAAGAAAUGGCAACAAGAGAUUUAGUUUCCUACAACACAUUGAUUUCCGGGUUUGCAGAGCAUGGGCAUGGAAUGGAAAGCAUCGAGCUGCUGUCAAAAAUGAAAGAAGACGGUAUUGAACCAGACCGCAUAACUUAUAUUGCUAUACUAACUGCAUGCAGUCAUGCCGGAUUAUUGGAUGAAGGUCAAAGACUUUUUGAAUCAAUCAAAUUUCCCGAUGUAGAUCACUAUGCUUGUAUGAUUGAUAUGUUGGGUCGAGCUGGUAGAUUGGAAGAAGCUAUGAAAUUAAUUCAAAGCAUGCCGAUGGAACCCCAUGCAGGAAUUUAUGGAUCUCUUUUAAAUGCUACUAGCAUUCAUAAACAAGUGGAACUCGGGGAGCUUGCUGCAGCUAAACUGUUCAAGGUUGAGCCACAUAAUUCUGGAAAUUAUGCGUUGCUCUCUAACAUAUAUGCUUCUGCUGGUAGAUGGAAGGAGGGAGACAAAGUUAGGGAUACAAUGAGAAAACAGGGAGUGAAGAAAACAACUGGCUUGAGCUGGUUGGAGCAUAACUCAUAAAUUUGUGGAAAAUACCUAUUGGUGCCGUGGCGUGUGUGCGUCUUUGUAGAGACAGGUGAUAGCACCCAAAGUAUUACAGUUCUUGCGGUUCUUCGAGGUGUUUCACAUUAUAAGCAAAGAUAGCAAUUGAUUACUAAGUACAAGGGGUAUAUAAUUGAUAUUCUCUUUAUAUAGUAAUUGAUAUUCUCAUCGGUAUAUCUGUGUUUAACUUUCAUUGUCAUUUGCAUGUCUAGAUUGAUACUCUUAACUUGAUUUCCACACUCAUAAUCAUAUGUUUAAUUUCCACACUCAUUAUCAUUGAUUUAAUAUUUUUUACUAGUCUAGGUAGUCCACUAGUACAUAACAACAGUUUCCUCAAUUCUAUCUUAAAAGAAAAAAUAGUUUCCUCAAUUCUGUGUAUAAAUAAAGGAACAAAAAAAGUGAAUUUAACUGCAUUAUAUGUUUUUUGUCAAAAAAAAGUGCUUUAAAUAAUUCAUUUUCUAUUUUGCCGUAUCUGGUUAUAGAAUAAUUUUACUCUUACAGAUAUGGGAUAUGAUUUUGUUCAUGAAUGUUAAUAACACGAUGUGUGAACAUGGUAGUCACACUCUUUUUAGUUUGAAGCUCAAGUAAUUAGUAUAUGGACUACUUACUCAUUCUGGGUUAAUAUCCUCUCCAUUUGGUAAAAUAAAUGGAGUUUGCAAUUUGAAGAGAUAGACACAAAACAUAGAUAGU